CAGUUUAAAAGUGGGCAUCGUAUUUUCGGUAUAGAACAACUACCACCGUCAAUUGGAAGCCAUUCAGUGUUUAGCUGUUCAGUGUUUAACAAUGACUACUUACGAUCCGGAACGCCGCGUAUGGAGUGGACCUCGGACUGGGACAUUGUUUGAUCCCAGUCGCAGUGCAGGCGAUCCACUGUGCGAUGUGCUGAUGGAACUGUUGAACCGCUCUCCGGAGAAGCCGAUUCUGAUCGAUGGCGAUAGUGGACGGGUGUUGACUCGAGGUGAGUUGCGCACCAGGGCCGUUCGGAUUGCGCAGAAUUUGAAGAAGCUGUUCAACAAUGGCGCGAAAUCGGAUGAAGUCGUGACGAUUGCUGCUAUGGGGAAUGAAAAUCUGAUUCCAUUAGUGGUGGCUCUGCAGUUCUUGGCAGUGCCGUACAAUACGCUCUAUCCGAACUAUACUGAGGAUGAAAUUGCCCACAUGAUGCGGCAGACUCAAUCUAGGCUGGUGUUUUGCGAUGCUUCGAAUUAUAACACCGUGAGGCAGGCAUCGAAAAAGGCGGUCGCAGGAGGUGUGACAAUAUUUACUCUGGAUCAGCUUACGGAAGGAGCGAGGUCGAUCCAGGAAUUGUUGGUCGAAACGGGUAGUGAGAAUGAAUUCAGACCAACAUUGGUGGAAGACACUACCAAGACAAUUUGGAGUAUUUUCUGUUCGUCUGGUACAACUGGACUACCGAAGGGAAUAUGCUUGUCGCACGCCAACAGAACGUCUUCAUUUUAUCCCGUGAGUUUUACCAACCUGACGAUUUUGGUAACAGGAUCAAUCCACUGGAUCAGUGUCGUCUAUACAUACGACUUGGCCCUGUUCUACGACAGCACAGUUGUAUUCACCCGGAAGCCAUACUCGGAGGACCUCGUGUUCGACCUGGUGGAAAAAUACCGAAUCAACGUUGUCAAUGGACCGCCAUUUUUCGCCAGUGCUGUUGCAAAUCACCCACGUGCCAAAACCACCAAUCUAUCUUCCGUUGCAUUGUGGGGAAUUGGGGGAUACUUCGUAUCGGACAGCGUUCGGGAUUCGAUGGACGCCAUUCUGCCCAACGGGAAGUCGUACACAUUCUACGCUUCGACGGAAUGCGGUCCGAUUGCCAUGGAUAUGAUGCAGCGAAAACGAGGAGCCGUGGGAACGAUUUGUCCAAAUAUGCAGGUUCGAAUCGUCGAUGAUGAUGGGCAAUUGCUUGGAACAGAUGAAGUUGGGGAACUGCUUGUUAAAAGGGUGGUUCCAUUUGUGGGUUAUUACAAGAACGAAGAAGCCACCAAAUCGACUAUCGACGAGGACGGUUGGUUCCAAACCGGAGAUGUGGGAUACUUUGACGAGGACGGCUAUCUGUUCCUAGUGGACCGGAAAAGUGAGAUUUUCAAGUACAUUGAUCCGGUGUCCCCAACGGAGCUAGAAGAAGUGAUCAUGCAGGUAGAUGGCGUAGAGCAGGUUUGCGUUGUGGGUGUUCCACUGGAGAACAAGAGCGCGGAACUGCCGACGGCUGUUGUCAUCAGACAACCGGGCUCUGCAGUCUCCGGUGAAGAUAUAGCGAACUAUGUGGCAGAACGUGUGAGGGAUCACAUGAAGCUGCGAGGGGGAGUGCAUUUCGUUGAGAAGCUGCCACUGACGAGCAAAGGGAAUGUGAAACGAAAGGAAGUGAAAAACAUGAUGAUAGAUAUGCUGAAAGAUGCAAAAUAAUACUUAAAUGUAGAAAAACAUGGAAUAAAGCUAUUACAUCAAUUAAGAUAUGCAUAAAUUUAACUAUUCUAAGCCUCGAAGGGUUAUCAAAAGGUGAAUGUGAUCAUUUCCGAAGGUUUCGGUGCAAACAAAUAUAGACAUGACAAAAGUA